AUGCCUCGGGGGAAGAAGAGUAAGCGCCGGGCCCGAGAGAGACGCCGACAGGCCCAGCUGGAGGCUGGGAGAGUCCUGAGUGCCCAGACCUCUACAGAGGAGGGGGAUGAGUCCUCCUCCUCCUCUUCUUCUGAGGUGUCUUCCCUGGGCACCCCUGAGCCUGCGCUGUCCCAGGAACCUCAGGGAGCCACAGCGGCCAUUAGCUCUCCCCGCAAGGCAAGAAUCGCGUGGCCAUGCUUUGAUACCACUACCACCAGCACCGAGAGCCAAAGCGAGAGCCAAAGCGAGAGCCAAAGCGAGGAAAGUGCAGGUGCCUCCGGGGGAGGUGCCUCCCAGGCAGGUGGCUCCCAGGCAGGUGCCUCCGGGGCAGGUGCCUGCCAGGCAAAGUCGCGGUCUGAUGACACCCGCAGGAGUCCUCUAGACCAGAAGGCGAUGCUGCUGGCCCAGUUCAUGCUGCGCAAGUAUAACAUGAAGCAGCCCAUCACCAGGGAAGACAUGAUGAAGCAUGUCUUCAGGAAGCACAAGUCCUACUUCCAGGAGAUCCUCAAGAGAGCCUCAGAGCUGAUGGUGCUGGCCUUCGGCAUUGAUGUGAAGGAAGCCGACCCGGCCGGGCAGAGCUAUGUCCUGGUCAGCAAGUUGCACCACAGCGGGGAUAGCAGUCUGCAUGGGCAGAUCAUGCCCAAGAAGGGCCUCCUGAUGACCAUCCUCUGUGUGAUCUUCAUGAAGGGCAACUGCGCCACUGAGGAAGAGAUCUGGGAUGUCCUCAAUGCGAUGGGCAUACAUGCUGGAAAGGAGCACAACCUCCACGGGGAGCCCAUGAAGCUCAUCACAGAAGAUCUGGUGAAAGAAGGGUACCUGGAGUACCGCCAGGUGCCCCACAGUGAUCCCCCGAGCCACGAGUUCCUGUGGGGCCCACAAGCCUACGCUGAGACCAGCAAGAUGGAAGUGCUGGAGUUCUUAGCCAAGCUUCAUGAUACCCAGCCCAGCGCCUUCCCACACUGGUACGAAGAGGCCCUGCAGGAUGAGCUGGAGAGAACCCGCCAACGAUUCGCGGCUGUGAUUCGUGCUGCCUCCCCGGCCUGUGAUCUUUCCAGCACCCAUUUCAGCAACCCCCACAUGUAUUGA